AUGGCCGGUCUGAACGUGUCCCUCUCCUUCUUCUUCGCCACCUUCGUCCUCUGCCAGGCGGCCAGGAGGGCGUGCAAGGCCCUGCUCCCGGCGGGCGCCUACGCCAGCUUCGCCCGGGAGGCGGUGGGCGCGGCCCAGCUGGGGGCCUGCUGUCUGGAGAUGCGGAUGUUGGCGGAGCUCGGCCCCUGGGCGGGGGGCUUCGGCCCCGACCUGCUGCUCACCCUGCUCACCCUGCUCCUCCUGGUUCACGGGGCGACCUGCGACGGCGCCGCGGCCAACCCCACCGUGUCCCUGCAGGACUUCCUCCUGGCCGAGGCCUCUGCGCCCCGCACGCUGCUGAAGCUGGCGGCCCAGGGGCUGGGUGUGCGGGCGGCCUGUGCCCUGACCCGGCUGUACUGGGCCUGGGAGCUCUGUGACCUGCACGUCCUCCAGAACCUCCUGGACCCGCACUGCAGCUCCCCCCUGCGCACGCCCGUGUCCCACGGCGCGCUCGUGGAAGGCGCCGGCGCCUUCUUCUUGCACCUGACCCUCCUCCGCCUCCGGAACAGCCUGCCCGCCUACCGGGUGCCGGCCGUGGCCCUGCUGGCCACCGUCAUGACCCACACAGCCGAGGGGGGCCACCGGCCCACGGAAGCUGCCGACCGCCCUUUCCCGGGAACCCAGCGGUGGCACGGCGGCCGGCUGGACAGGACCCGGUGCGGCAGGGUGGACCUGGGCCCCCGUCGGGGCCGUCGUUCUGGCUGGAUCUUCCGCAUCCCAGCUGCUCCUGGCCAUCUCAGGAGGCCGGCUCCCGGGACAGCCCCAGCCUGUGUGCCGGGAACGACGGUGGGGAUUUCCGGGGCGGCUCCUCUCCUGGCCGGAGAGGCGGCCGCAGGCAGGGCCCCACGGGGACGGUCUGUGCCUCCUCCCACAGCUGGGCCCUUCACGUCCGCCUUCUUCAACCCGGCCCUGGCCACCUGGGCCACCUUCCACUGCUCGGGCCACACCCUGCUGGAGUACAUGCAGGUGUACUGGCUGGGUCCUCUGACAGGGAUGGUCCUGGCCGUCCUGCUGUAUCAUGGCCGCCUUCCUCGCCUGUUCCAGAGGAACCUGUUGUACAGCCAGAAGAACAAGUACCGAACUCCUAGAGGGAAGCCGGCCCCGGGGCCUAGAGACACCCAGACGCCUGCAGAGGGGUGCAGAAGCCGGGAGCCUGGGCGGGGUGGGGCGGGGCAGCCGCUGCCGGGCUCCCGCUGAGCCAGCACGGUCUGGGGCGAGGGCCGGGGCUCUGGCUGGAUUCUGGGGCCUCCCUGAGCCGAGGGGGGACCGGACCCGCAGCCCUUUCUCCCCACAAACCUUUCGUCAAUAAACCAUUCCUAAGACCUGCCCGUCUCCCUGGCCUGACAGAGGCUUCUGGAAGGGCAGGCAAGGAAGGGCAUACG